AUGGUGUUGGAAUCUUUGGCGAUAGAGUUGCCAGAGAGGUCUGCUGGGAUUGAGCCUGUCAGUCAGGGACAGACUCCUCAUGGUACUGCGGGUGCGUCAGGCUCUCAGAUCCCGACAGUUCUUUCUCCAGAGUUACCCUCACCUACAGUAUCCACUGUACCACCACCAGUACUAUCUGCAACAUACUCGGCCCCUCCACCAGCAGUGCCUGCUACUACGUACCCGACACCACCACCACCUAUGCCUUCUACGACGUAUCUAGCACCAGCAGCACCAGUUACACCUGGGCCUACUAUAUACUCGGCACUCGCACUAACAGUACUAGUUGGUCCUUGUUCGGUACCACCACCUACUGUACCUCCAGCCGCUCCUGCACAUAUUGACCCUGCAGUGCCACCAACGGUACUUGCCCUGGCUUAUGCAGCAGCACCAGGGAACUGGAAACAAUCCUCCAGUGACAUGCACUGCAGCCGAUGUGGAUCCAGAGAUCACAUCACAUUAGCCUACUCCAUGGGACAGUCAGUUUGCUAUUAUUGUAAACUGCCUGGGCACAUGAGCCAGGAUUGCUCACUGAAGGCUCAACAUGUGGCUUUUGGGGUUUCUGUUCAGGGAGGAUAG